UUUUAAAGUAUAGAUGACAAAAGGAUUACGUAAGAAAGCGCUUGAGAGACUAUUUGGUAGACAUUCUGGAGGCGACGCACAAGCCUCUACGUUAGGAGGAGGAGAUGCUACACAUGACUCGCAACCACAGGACACAUCACGCAGAGAUGCUCCACAUGACGUUGAGACACAUGCUGAUCCUACACAGCAUGCGGAGAUACCACUACCACCGCAUGCAGAUGUAUUGGAGGAGAGGAGAUUUGAGCCGUAUAGCACAGCUUUAGAAGCUGCGGCACUACCGCCAGAUUCUAUUACGAAUCAACGAGUCCACGGUCCGACCAAGGUGAAGGGGGAUUGGGAUUCUUAUCAUGCUUUGCGCCCUAUCGCGCAGUAUAGGUACGAACAAGCAAAGCAUAUAUGCCUCGAACUGAAAGGUACCGGGCGACCUCCUAGACGCGACCGCAAUGCUACCAAGGAAAUGAACCUCAUCCCUGAUAUUAAUCGGAGGGCUCGGAUUGAUGCGCUGGUGCGAUUUUUCUUUCUUGACAAUAAUAUUUGUGCCUGGACAUUUUUUUUUACACUUUGCGAUUACUGGGACACGACUAAAAUUCAGGCUCAAGCUGAAAUAGCAAGGAGGAAUCGCAACGCGCCUCGCAGUUACGAGAAUCACGGGAGCUCCAGGUCCUUCAGCCAGCAUUAUCAUCAAUUAGAGCUUGAGGGAAGGGGAGAUCUCAGACAUUUUGUAGAUCGUAUUCUAACUCCCUGGAGCCCGAAUUACGCCGAUGAAGAGAAGAAAGCAAAGAAUAAGGAUCUGGCUGAGAAAUUACAUGCCAAGGUACAAGAGCAAUUGACUCAGUCUCAGGUCUGUUCUAACACUCAUACCCGACUAAGUAGAGAGGAGGAGGACUCCAUCAUCGAGACGAUCAUUGGACCUAGUAGGAAGAACAGAUACCGAUGGAGAGGAUCCGAGCAGAGGCCGCACGAGUCUAGUAGCACCUACAAGUCUGCAGCACCACAAGGAACACCAGGAAGCAGUUCAUAUCAAGACUUGAUGGAGCAGCGAUUAAAAGUGAUUGAAGAUUGGCAAUCGCAGCAAACAACAUAUCAGUGGGUUACAGAGGAAGAACGGAGGCGCCAGGAGCAGACCGUAUUGGAGUUCACACAAUUCAUGUCGACUCUGCCUCAGGAGGCUCAGGAGGCAUAUAGGAGAUGGUUUAUGUCGUCACAGGCCGGGACUUCUUCACAAGGUGCAGCCGGGGGUAGUCAUAAUGCGGCUGGUUUACACGUGCACUAUUCCUUCAUUUUACAUGCUUAUUGGGAGUUUCCUGACUCCCCUGGGGUGAUCUCUAUGGCCCCAACCCGUCAACCCGCCGCUCCAGUUGUCCCUGCAGGACACCAAGUCGAUCAGGCUGAUCUUGCAGAAGCGAUUAGGGAGCUGGAAGCUCAAAAUCGCCAAAGGGACGAGUAG